UCACAUGACUCGGUCAGCUGAUAAAAGUCGACGUCGUCUGUUUCCUCAAUACUUAAAUUGCUCAGUCAUUGUUUUGUUUGCGGGUGUUCUCCCCUUCAACCACAAUGAGAAGUUUUUAUCUCUUUCUUUUUUCGGCUUUAGCCCUGGCGAGUAACGCCAUUGUGAGAAUUCCGUUGAAGAAAUUCCGCUCAAUCAGGCGAGAGUUGACCGACUCAGGAAAAAGUGCAGCGGAGCUCGUGGCUGACAAACACACCCUCAAGUACAACGUCGGCUUUCCAUCGAGUAGUGGACCCACUCCUGAAACCCUAAAGAACUACCUUGAUGCCCAGUAUUAUGGCGAGAUUGGCCUGGGUACUCCCCCACAGCCCUUCACUGUGGUCUUUGACACUGGUUCCUCCAAUUUGUGGGUUCCAUCAAUCCACUGCUCCCUCCUCGACAUUGCUUGCUUGCUUCAUCACAAAUAUAACUCUGGUAAGUCCAGCACGUAUGUGAAGAAUGGCACUUCCUUUGCCAUCCAGUAUGGAAGCGGCAGUUUGUCGGGGUACCUCAGUCAGGACACGUGCACCAUUGGCGACAUAUCUGUGGAGAACCAGCUCUUUGGGGAAGCGAUAAAGCAACCCGGUGUGGCUUUUAUUGCCGCCAAGUUUGAUGGGAUACUUGGCAUGGCUUAUCCACGCAUCUCUGUGGAUGCCGUGGCACCUGUCUUUGACAACAUCAUGAGCCAGAAGAAAGUUGAGCAGAAUGUCUUCUCCUUCUACCUGAACAGGAACCCUGACACUGAACCAGGUGGUGAGCUGCUGCUCGGAGGAACGGAUCCUAAAUACUACAGCGGCGAAUUCAGCUACGUCAACAUCACCCGCCAAGCCUACUGGCAGAUCCGCAUGGACUCGUUACAAGUGGGCAGCCAGUUGAGCCUAUGCAAAGGCGGCUGUGAGGCCAUCGUGGACACCGGCACGUCUUUGAUCACCGGACCGGCUGCGGAGGUCCGUGCUCUGCAGAAAGCCAUCGGAGCCAUUCCCCUCAUCCAAGGAGAGUACAUGAUCAGCUGUGACAAGAUCCCAUCCCUGCCUGUCAUCACUUUUAAUGUUGGUGGCCAGUCCUACAAGCUGACUGGGGACCAGUAUGUCCUCAAGGAGAGCCAAGCUGGAAAGACAAUUUGUCUGAGUGGCUUCAUGGGGCUGGACAUCCCUCCACCAGCUGGUCCUUUGUGGAUUCUGGGAGACGUCUUCAUCGGCCAGUACUACACCGUGUUUGAUCGGGAGAAUAACAGGGUGGGCUUUGCAAAGUCCAAAUAAGCAAAGGAGCCUACAACACACUGGAAUCCAUAAUUCAAAAGGCAUAAAUUUCCGUUGCACAGCUUUUGUUGCUUUGCAAUCGAACACUAUUUAGCAAUAGAUUUUGUGUAGAGCUUGACAUGCACUCCGCUGAAGAAGUUGAAGACUUCUGACUGUUUUUAGAAGUGAUGCUUGUCUGCUGAUUGAGCAAGUGGGUGUUUUUGAGCUGGAUUUCAUUUUCAUCAAGGAAGUGUUUUAAAUUGUAAUUUUAAUUGAUAUGAGUUUGAAGAGAAGGUGACACUCUACUACUGAACUCGGGAAAUAUCUUAUUGUGAUUGGCCUUAACACCUAAAUAAACAAAUUACAAGAUCA